AUCAUCAACUAGUUGCAAAGUGGUUGAUCUUGAUAGUUGUCCUGCUGAGGAGGUUUUGGACCCAAAUGAUCUUAGUGGUGACUCAGACUCAGAGAGUGAUCUUGGUGCUCAACAAAGUUAAGAGACUGAGACAGAAGAGAUAAUCACAUCUAGUGACAUGGAAGUUGACUCUGAAUCAGAGCAGCCAAGAACAUUUAAAAGAGUGCUCAACAAAGACACCAACCUAAGAACAGAGAAAAAAUUCAUUGUGUUCUUCACCCAACUGUUUGAACUUUUUAAAUUCUGCCCAAUUUGCAAAUGAGAUGAUGUUCUUGUUGAGAUAUUGCAAAAUGGUUCAAUGGCAAAAGUGAAAGUUAGUUGUUCCAAUCAAAAAUGUGGAGCAGCCACAACAUGGAAUAGUCAACCAGUCAUGACUGGGACUUCCAUUCCUGCUGGAAAUUUGCUAUUGUCAUUUGGUAUUUUGAUUGCUGGAACCUCUGCCACAAAGGUGAUCAGAGUUCUACAGCACAUGGGAUUGGCAUGCAUUUCAUUGAGUACAUACUUCUCUCACCAGCGUGAAAAACUAUAUCCUGCAUUGGUGAUCUACUUGAAAAAAUACCAAGACAGUUUGAUAGAGAAAGUGAUGGCAUGUAAACAGCUUAUUGCAAUUGCUGGGGAUGGAAGACACGAUUCCAUGGGACAUAGUGUCAAAUAUUGUGCAUAUACAACAUUCUGUUGCACAGUACCUCAAAUUAUUAGUUUUUCUCUUGUGCAGAGAAAUGAAGUUGGAAAUAGCACUGGUAUAGAGUUUGAGGGAUUUAAAAGAUCGAUGGAUUUUCUUAAAUCUCGCAAAAUUCCAAUCUCCAUGUUAAUCACUGACAGGCACACACAAAUUGCCAAACAUUUGAGAGAGAAUUGUCCAAGUAUUACCCACUACUUUGACCUUUGGCAUUUGACAAAAAAAGUGACCAAGGACCUGACCAAACUUGCAAAAUGUGGUGGAUGUGAGUCUUUAUCAAGCUGGAUAAGACCUUGUUCCAACCAUUUGUACUGGAGUGCUACAUCAACACCUUCUGGUAACGGAAAUGUGAUUGUGGCUAAGUUUAAAUCUUUCCUUGGUCAUGUGAAAAACCAACACAGUGGAUUUUCACACCCUUUAUUUGACAAAUGUGCUCAUGAGUCCAACAUAAAACCACGCAAAUGGCUAAAUGAAGAUUCUAUAUCAUACAAUAAGAUGUAUGCAACUUUAACUAAACCAAGGUUGAUUGCUGGAAUCGUUAAAGCUUCUCCAAUGUCUCAAACAAGUGCAUUGGAGGGAUUUCACUCAGCUCUUAACCAGUUUGCACCCAAAAUGAUAAGCUACUCUUUUCCUGGGAUGUUCUGCAGGCAUAUCCUUGCUGUAACUCACUUCAACAGCAAUUUGGACAGGGAUAAUCAAGAGGUUAAUGGAGUUCCCCAGGUUAAAGUGCAUUAUCCAAAAUUUAAAAAUGGUGAAGCUGUUGUAAGAAAUGUUAAAGUUGCUCAGGAUUUUGGGUAUGUUGAAGAUAUUUAUCAAGUGUUGUGCUCUGCACUCAUUGAUGAGGAAACAUUGAGAAAAGCCAAAGGUGAUGUUUUACGAAUGACUCCAUUGCCAAUGAAUUCCAUGUUGGACAAGCAAUCAAAAAGUGAAGCUAUCUCAAAAAAAGCAAGAAGACAAAGCAUGCCAGCUGUACAUUUCCCCCCAACUAAGCCAGCUGAAGUAUCACCUGUCCAAGAAAUAAUCACUAAUCAGAGAAAUGAGAGAGCAGCACCUCGAUGCACUGUGUGCAAGAAUUGGAUGAAAGGCCAUAAAAAUAUAAUGAACUGUCCAAAAAACCAAAAGUAA